UAUCUCUGUCUCGAAAGUCAAGCUUCUCCUUUGUAUUUUUGUUUAUAAAGUCUUUUAAGCCUCGAAGAAAACUCCAAAACUUGGCCUUUCCCUUCAUGGAAAUCACCGGAGAACCCCCGCCGUUAUGGCCACAACUGGCCACCGUCACCAUUCAUCGCCGUCGUCGUCAGCCGCCGUCUCCUCUUUUCUCCCCACCGAUUCUCAUAAUUCUCUUACCCACCAUCGCAUUGCUUCUCCUGUUCUUCGCCGUCCCUCCUUUUCUCUCUACCAUCGCCGCUCAGAUUUCCCAACCCACCGGCGUUAAAAAAAACUCCGAUUCCCUCAACCUUUUCCUGGUCUUCUUCACCAUCUUUUGCGGCGUUUUCGCCAGGCGAAACGACGGCAGCGGGGACGGCGACAAUGAGAACAGUAGGAAUGAUGGUGAUACUCACAUUAACAAGCAACAAUGGUUUGAUCAGUACCCGGUAAGGAAAAUCUACGACGACCAUCCUCCACCAAUAAACGCGGUGGAGGAAACGACCGUCGUAAGGAGGUUGAAGAGAAACAGUAGCUCAUACCCAGAUUUAAGACAGGAAUCUUUGUGGGAAAAUAGCGAAGAUCAGUCUCGUUUUUACGAUGAUUAUGGAAUAAAUUAUUAUAAUGAUGAAGUUCAUGAGCUUCGCCGGAGCUGGAGAAGUGAUCGUCGGUUCGAAGAAUGUCAACCCAAGGUUAUUAUUUCUCCGGCGAAGUCACUAGCUCCUUCAACACCGCCACCUCCGCCGCCACCUCCGCCUCUUGCAGCUGCAUAUCGUAAACCAAGGCGAAGUUAUCAAGCUGUUGGCCUGAAAGAGAAUGUGAAUAAUACUCAAAAGUUUCAUGUUGAGUACGAUGGAAGUGAGUCUCCGGCUCCGCAGCCAGUAACGCCACCGCCGCCUCCUGCAGCUGGAUAUCGUAAACCAAGGCGAAGUUAUCAAGCUGUUGGCCGGAAAGAGAAUGUGAAUAAUGCUCAAAAGUUUCAUGUUGAGUACGAUGGAAGUGAGUCUCCGGCUCCUCAGCCAGUAACGCCACCUCCGCCGCCUCCUCCUCCGCCUCGACGACCACCGUCGCCGGUUUCUCAAUUGGGAAAUAGUUCAGAACAAAGGUACGCGAAAUUGGAACGUAGAAAAAGUAAUGCAACGAAAGAAAUAAAGAUGGUUUUUGCUUCUUUAAGGAAGAGAAAGAAGAAGAAGGCUAAAGACGAUUAUCGAUAUGAACCGCCGGCUAAUUAUUCCACCACCAUUCCCCCACCGUCACCACCACCACCUCCACCGCCAAUGCCUCCACCACCACCUUCCGUCUUUAAAAAAUACAAUCUCUUUAAAUCAAAAGGCAGCAAAAGCAAAAGAAUCCAUUCAGUUCCACCUCCACCGCCGCCGCCGCCGCCACCGUCGUCAGUUUCAAAACCAAAGCAAAACACUCAAUCCCCACCACCACCUGCACCGCCAACACCACCGCCCAGGCCGUCAAGAAGACGAACCACAACCAAUGCCAACAACUAUAAGCCACCAUUACCGACAACAAAACCAAACACCAGCUUUUACCAUGUCGACGAGAAUGUAAACAGCGGAGAACAGUCACCGUUAAUCCCCAAACCACCACCUCCACCGCCAGAAUUCAAUGAUGAUGAAAAAGUCAGCAUGAUGGACGGUGAUGAUGGGGCUAUUGUUGGAAGGGCCCCAGUGUUUUGUCCCAGUCCAGAUGUUAACGCAAAAGCUGAAACCUUUAUUGCCAGACUCAGAGAUGGGUGGAAAUUAGAGAAAAUAAAUUCCAUGAAAGAGAAGCAAAAGGAUAAAAAAUUAUAAAACAAAAUUCAGAGAUUUCCCAUCUUUUUUUCUGAAUUUGAUUUUCCCUAAUCAAUUGAAUAUUAUUAUGAUGGGAACUGAGGAAAAAGCUUCAUGAGAGUUCAAUGUUUUUUUCUUAAUGAACACUUUCAUGAAGAUCAUUGUAAGUUUGAAUGUGUGUGUGUGUUUGUUUAUAUUUGUAACACUAAACCAUGUUUUAAUUUGGUGUCUGUGUAUUGACAAUGAGGGCUCUUAUUGUGGGUUUUUUUGUUCAUCAAUUGGAGCCUUUGUGGUUUGUUUUU